GUUAUUUCAACCGUGGCGAGUUGUACGUUCUAUUACCUUGGAUGGCUUAGACAUUUUGUGGGCGAAGCAGAUCCGAUCCAAGCUCCGGAAAAUACUCGAAAUACGUGUGAAAAACUAUAGAGAUCCUCGGCAACUGCUCCAUUCAUGAAUUCGGAAUCGAGGGACCUGGAUUUGGGAAAGGGCGAUGUAGAAAGGCCGCACUUCGAGGCGGUUACCACACUGUCGGACUCGCAGGCGAUUCGGAGCGUCGACUUUCAUCCGAAUGGAAAGUUGUACGCGGUGGGCUCCAACUCCAAGACCUUCCGCAUCUGCCAGUACCCCGCGCUCUCCAAGCUGAGACAUGGACACCAGACGGCGGUGUAUCCCCCAUCCGUUCUCUGCAAGCGCACGAAGCACCAUCGGGGAUCCAUAUACUGCACCUGCUGGUCGCGGGAUGGGGAGCUCAUUGCCACCGGAUCGAACGACAAGACCAUCAAGUACAUGCGCUUCAACAACGACACCAACCAGCUGGUGGGCCACGAGAUGGAGCUGAACAUGCACGACGGCACCGUGCGGGACAUGUGCUUCCUGGACGACUCGUCCACCAAGUCCAGGCUGCUGGCGAGCGGCGGCGCCGGGGACUGCAAGAUUUACAUCACAGACUGCGGAUCCGGCACUCCCUUCCAGGCCUACAGUGGUCACACUGGCCACAUCCUGUCCCUCUACAGCUGGAACAACGCGAUGUUCGUGUCGGGAUCCCAGGAUCAAACGAUACGCUUCUGGGAUCUGCGAGUGAACGUCUCUGUGAACACCCUGGAUAGCGAUCGGAAGGAUGGCGGUCUGGAGAGCUCCGCUGUAACCGCGGUCUGUGUGGAUCCCACGGGCAGGCUCCUGGUCUCUGGGCACGCCGAUAGCUCCUGUACGCUGUACGACAUCCGGGGCAACCGGCCCAUUCAGCGGUUCUAUCUCCACACCGCCGAAAUAAGGUGCGUCCGAUUCUCCCCAUCCGCCUACUACAUGCUGACGUGCAGCUACGACAACUCGAUCCGGCUGACGGAUCUGCAGGGCGACCUGGCCCACGAGCUGUCCUCCGUGGUGGUGGCGGAGCACAAGGACAAGGCCAUCACCAUCCGGUGGCAUCCGACCGAGUUCUCGUUCAUCUCCACGUCGGCGGACAAGACGGCCACCCUGUGGGCUCUACCUCCCUCGUAGGAGCAAGGCUCCAUGUGGCCUAGUGGUCCAGUGGUCCAGUGACGGCUUUAACUUCGUUGUCGAUAUUGUAUUUCCGCAGAAUAGUCCAGACUGAUCUAAUUUAUUAAAUAAACAAACCCGACCGCAAGUGAAA